GGAGCUGGGGCUGGGACCCGGGACUGAGUGGGGCCCGGGGAAGAAGCUGAGCACCCUGCGCCCCAAGAGCCCCCGUUGGCCUGGGGGGGCUGAGGGACUGAGCCCCCCAGAGCAGGACCUCCCCCUGGAAGGGCCGCGCCGCAGCCCGUGGGAGGGCCUCGCCCCCGGCGCCCCCCAGCUCCAUUCGCCGCCGUCCCGGCCUCCGCCGGAGGGAGGGGCUGAGCGCCCUCGGGGGGCCGUGGACCCCGGCGUUCUGAGCGUUCUGCGCCCCGCGCCGCCCGGCCCCCCUGCCGCCGAUGGCCGCCGACCCGCCGGGAGCUGCCGAGAAGGGAGAGAUGGCUCCCGGGACACGUGUGAGCCCUCGGCGUUGCUGACGCCCCCAAUGUCGUCGAGCAGCCGGGGGCCGGGGGCCGGAGCGCGCCGACGCCGAACCCGCUGCCGCCGCUGCCGGGCCUGUGUGCGAACUGAGUGCGGGGACUGCCACUUCUGCCGAGACAUGAAGAAGUUUGGGGGGCCCGGGCGCAUGAAGCAGUCGUGCCUGCUCCGGCAGUGCACCGCCCCCGUGCUCCCACACACAGCUGUGUGCCUCCUGUGUGGGGAGGCUGGGAAGGAGGACACCGUGGAGGGAGAGGAAGAGAAGUUCGGUUGGAGCCUCAUGGAGUGCACAAUCUGCAACGAGAUCGUCCACCCUGGCUGCCUGAAGAUGGGAAAGGCUGAGGGUGUCAUCAAUGCAGAGAUCCCCAACUGCUGGGAAUGCCCUCGCUGCACCCAAGAAGGCCGCACCAGCAAGGAUUCAGGUGAGGGGCCGGGCCGCCGCAGGGCUGACAACUGCGAGGAGGGCGCCAGCCUGGGGAGUGGCUGGAAGCUGACAGAGGAGCCACCACUUCCACCGCCACCGCCCAGGCGCAAGGGCCCCCUACCUGCUGGGCCCCCCUCUGAGGAUGUACCUGGGCCCCCCAAACGAAAGGAGAGGGAGGCAGGGAAUGAGCCCCCCACUCCAAGAAAAAAGGUGAAAGGAGGCCGAGAGAGGCACCUGAAGAAGGUGGGUGGAGACGCCUGCCUCCUCCGAGGAUCGGACCCAGGCGGCCCUGGCCUUCUGCCCCCCAGGGUUCUGAAUCCGAGCCAGGCUUUCUCGUCCUGCCACCCUGGUCUCCCUCCCGAGAGCUGGGAGAAACCAAAGCCGCCUCUGGCCUCUGCCGAGGGCCCGGCGGUGCCAUCGCCAUCACCACAGAGGGAGAAGCUGGAGCGAUUCAAACGGAUGUGCCAGCUGCUGGAGCGGGUGCCCGAUACCUCCUCAUCCUCCUCGGAUUCCGACUCGGACUCCGACUCCUCGGGUACCUCACUGAGUGAGGAUGAGGCCCCUGGCGAGGCUCGGAACGGGCGACGGCCAGCCCGGGGCAGUUCUGGCGAGAAGGAGAACCGUGGGGGGCGGCGGGCUCUGCGGCCUGGCACUGGGGGGCCCCUGCUCAGCUGGCCCCUGGGCCCCGCCCCUCCACCUCGGCCCCCUCAACUGGAGCGGCACGUUGUGCGGCCCCCACCUCGGAGCCCCGAACCUGACACACUGCCUUUGGCUGCUGGAUCCGAUCACCCGCUGCCCAGGGCCGCCUGGCUCCGUGUCUUCCAGCACCUUGGGCCCCGAGAGCUGUGCGUCUGCAUGCGUGUCUGCCGGACUUGGAGCCGCUGGUGCUACGACAAGCGUCUGUGGCCUCGAAUGGACCUGAGCAGGCGAAAGUCCCUGACCCCGCCCAUGCUCAGCGGGGUGGUGCGCCGCCAGCCCCGGGCCCUGGACCUAAGCUGGACAGGUGUCUCCAAGAAGCAACUCAUGUGGCUUCUGAACCGACUGCAAGGCCUGCAGGAGCUGGUGCUCUCUGGCUGCUCCUGGCUCUCUGUCUCUGCCCUGGGCUCAGCCCCACUGCCAGCUCUGCGGCUCCUGGACCUCCGCUGGAUCGAGGACGUUAAAGACUCCCAGCUCCGCGAGCUGCUGCUGCCUCCUCCUGACACCAAGCCAGGGCAGACAGAGAGUCGUGGGCGGCUGCAGGGGGUGGCAGAACUGCGUCUGGCAGGCCUGGAGCUGACUGAUGCCUCCCUGCGGCUCCUGCUGCGCCACGCACCCCAGCUGAGUGCCCUGGACUUGAGCCACUGUGCCCACGUCGGGGACCCCAGCGUCCACCUUCUCACGGCCCCCACGUCCCCACUCCGCGAGACCCUGGUGCACCUCAACCUUGCUGGUUGCCACCGCCUCACGGACCACUGCCUCCCGCUGUUCCGCCGCUGCCCACGCCUGCGCCGCCUGGACCUGCGCUCCUGUCGCCAGCUCUCACCUGAAGCUUGUGCCCGGCUGGCAGCUGCCGGACCCCCUGGCCCCUUCCGCUGCCCGGAGGAGAAGCUCCUGCUCAAGGACAGCUAGUUGGGUGCCCCCCCGCCCAGGACGCAUCUGGAGCCUGGACCACCGGCCUUCAUUUCACCCCUCCUGGGAGGCCGGCUUUCCCACCUCACCUCUUGGGAUUCCUGCCCAGGGACUCGAGCCAGCCUCUUCCCCCUCCUCCCCCCUGCACUGAUAUCUCUGGGGGUCUCUCCUUCCCAUCUCCCCUCUCUUCUACCUGUUUCAUUGUCCAUCCCCUGGGGGGAGUGGGUCAGAGGUACUGGGUGCUGAGCCAAAGGGAUGGUGGGAGGGGGG